GAGAGACAGAGAAAAAAAAGAGGGCGAGAGAGAGAGAGAGCGAGAGGGUACUGCCGCAUAAAAUAGUGGACAGUGAUAUCCACACAAUUUUGGUGUUGGUAUUCGACUAAACAAUUUGAACUUUGAAAGAAUAUCAGUGCUUGGAUGUGAAUUUAUCUACACACCACUACCUUUCUGUGGAUAUAAUGCAGUCCUUUUCCUGGAUUUACACACAGUCGCAAACUCUACAAACCGUUUCUACCAACACUUUUCCUCUUUGCAAAAUGCGAUGUGACGUUGAGCGUGAAACACGCAUAUGAGAUGUUCCCCACACCAUUGAGGAAAUGUAUUUCUCCAAUUGCAGUACAGCUUCUACGCAGCAAGUAACUGCAUGCUUUUCAUGAUCAGUAAACAUGAAGUUGAUCAUGUAUUUUCAGAUACGUGAUAGUAACAUAUUCAUUUGGCAUGAGCAACUGAGCUAGCUAAGCAAACAACGUUUCAUUUAGUAUAAAUUAGGUUAAUGGAAAGCGUUUGACAUCGGCAAGUCCUCCUGGUAAAGUUGUCAGUCAGAACGACUGCCAUCACCACGACAUCCAGAACAGCGCUGCCAGGAUCCUGAUGAGAAACUGAAAGAUCUGGCUCAUGAUGGUGAAGAGGUGUACAUUCCCCCUACUGAUAGCUUCUGCUCUGGCAGUCAUGGUCUACGUCAUUGUCACAUUGCCCAGGUCACAGCCAGGCAACCACCAGCACCUCUAUCCGCACCACAUCUCUGACCAGUCCAUCACGCCUGUCAACGACACCAAACACUUCAUGGUGGGGGCCUACAAGGAACAUCGUUUGGAGGGAAGCUCCGUACGCAUCAUCAGUAUCUUCAGACGAGACUCUGUCCAGCCUCUGUACUGUGUGUUCUACUGUGGGACUCACUGGGCUAAUGGAACGAAGGCUGAAGUCCAGAUGCACUCUGAUCACUUUGGUUUCCGCUUCGUGACGACCGACGUCCUUUGUCCGAAUCAUCCCGACUGCGACCCGUCACACGUGACCCUCGCCAUACAAGCUGACGCCGAGCUCGCUCAGAACCAAACCUUCCUCCGCAUCCAGAACCUUGUGAAAAAGGAGGAAGAGGAGUUUCAGUCCAACUUCACUGUCUGUUGGUCCAAUUUAUUUGGCGAUUAUAACAACGUGCUUCAGGUCACCCAGACUCUGGAGAUGUACAAGUUGUUGGGAGUGCAGCAUGUUGUGGUGUAUAACACCAGCUGUGGACCAGACCUGGAGAGACUGCUACGGAGUUACACACAGGAGGGCUUUGUUGAGGUGGUGCCCUGGCCUAUCAACCAAUACAUGAACCCGUCCAGUGGGUGGCAGCCCAGUGAACAUGGAGGGGACAUCCACUACUAUGGCCAGUUGACCACUCUAAAUGACUGUGUCUACAGAAAUAUGUAUCAGUCACGCUAUGUACUGCUGAACGACAUCGAUGAGAUUAUAGCUCCUUACCAGCAUCAAACCCUGCCCCAGAUGAUGGAUGUACUUCAGAGGCAAAACCCAAAGGCUGAAGUGUUCCUCAUAGAGAACCACAUCUUCCCUAAGUCCCAGUUUGAGCCCAGUGGAAGGUUUGAACGACCCAGCUGGCGGGACGUUCCAGGGAUCAACAUCAUGGAGCACAUCUACAGAGAGGAGCCAGACUAUCGCAUCUACCACCCCUCCAAGAUGAUAGUACGGCCCAGGGCAGUGGAGCAGACGUCGGUCCACUCUGUGCUGCGUAACUUUGGGCAGACAGUGAAGGUUCCUCCUAACGUGUGUCACAUCAUCCAUGUCAGAGUUCCCCUACAAGGAGGACUGACCAAGAAGGAGCUGCAUGAAGACAAGAGGGUCUGGGACUACGAGAGACAGCUGGUUCCUAAUGUAGAUAAAGCAUUGGAGAAGGCAGGACUACUGCGCAUGUGAAUAGAUUUGCUUCAUGCUGAACCAAACCUGCAGAGAAGUUUAGCCCCACACUUGAACGCUCUUCGGUGUUGCAGACAUUGACCUGCUAUGCUGUUUACUUUGUGCCUCUACGUCAUAUCGCUGAGUCUAUCUUUAAGUGUGUUACAAUUUUAUUGAAAGUAUAAAUAGUAGCUUUUAAAUGUAUUUGAUUUUAUCUGUACUUAAAGUAAUAAUAAUAAAGCCCCUUCACAAUGA